AUGGGGACACCUACGAAGCGGAGGAAGCUCAACAAUGAUACAAAGUCCAAUGGUUCUCGGAAUCUCGACUUCUUUUUUGGAAAGCGAAAGAAAGAGGAACAAGAGUUGCCAUCUCAACUAGUGGGUAGUCCAUCCCAAGAUGUUCCCGAUGGCGCCGGUCCCUCUGAAUUGACAGACGAGCAACUGGCAAGAAAGCUCCAGGAGGAAUGGGAUCGGGAACCAGUUGGCACAAAUGAGGCGACUGAAGGUUUUCUAGUCGAAACCAAUCGGCAGCCAUCUGCGACUCCAGUCUCCGCCAUCUCUACCAGCCAUACAAGUGAGAAAGCACCGAGUGAUGGCAUUUUCAGUCGGCCUACCACAAAACCAACUAAACCGAUUAUCAAUAAGAAUACCCUUUCACUACAAUCCGCUGGCACAGCAGAAGAUACUAUAUCUACUCAGAGCCGUAUAAAAAUAGUAGAUACUCUGGUCAACUUGCUGAGGGUCAUCAUUGAGGGUGAUCCAGAUUCGCUUCUACAUACUGUCUGGCUCGCGACGAAUGCAAUAUCACCACCAUACAUAUCCCUCGAACUAGGUUUGGGUGGUUCGGCCAUUUCGAAAGCAUUGAAAAACGUGUGCGGGCUAGAUUCAAGGUCGUUGAAGACACUUUAUAACAAGCACGGUGAUGCUGGCGAUGUUGCUUUUGAAGCUAAGAAGAGACAGAGUUUUACCUUAAGAAAACCGAAACCACUAACGAUAAAAGGAGUCUAUCAAUCUCUAGUCAAAAUAGCUAAGACACAAGGAACCGGCAGUAGCGAGAUCAAGCAAAGAAUUGUCGAUCGAUUAUUGCAAGACGCCAGAGGAGCAGAGGAGAGUCGAUACAUUGUCCGGACCCUCUGUCAACAUCUCCGUAUUGGUGCAGUGAAAACCACAAUGUUGAUUGCUUUAUCUCGAGCUUUUCAGCUAUCUAGACCACCUGGAGCAGACUUUCCUCUUAAGUCACAACAAGAGCUGGUAAAGCUCAAAAAGGAAGUCCUGGCCGAGUUGUGGUCGAAGGGUGAAGAAAUUGUGAAAGCAUGCUUCGCUAAAAGGCCCAAUUACAACGACCUUAUACCCAUUUUACUUGAGAUCGGAGUCUGCGAGGAGCUAUUGGUUAGAUGCGGACUAGCCUUGCAUAUUCCGUUACGCCCCAUGUUAGGGAGCAUUACCAGGGAUCUUGCAGAAAUGCUUACGAAGCUUCAAGGUCGUGAUUUCAGUUGUGAGUAUAAGUAUGAUGGGCAGCGAGCCCAAGUCCAUUGUGAUGAGAAUGGAAAAGUGUCCAUAUUUUCCAGGCACCUGGAACUUAUGACAGACAAAUAUCCCGAUUUGGUGGCCUUGAUUCCAAAAAUACGUGGGGAAGGUGUCGAAAGUUUCAUCAUGGAAGGAGAGGUAGUCUCCGUUGAUCGGCAAUCUGGUGAUCUGAAAACCUUCCAAUCUCUGGCAAAUCGAGCGAGGAAAGAUGUAGCAAUUGGGAGUGUUACGAUUGAUGUGUGUCUCUUCUCCUUUGAUUUAAUGUACCUGAACGGAGAAUCACUUCUCAAUCGAACUUUCAGGGAAAGGCGAGAACUUUUACGAGGUUUGUUCGUUGAGGUACCGAACCAAUUCACAUGGGUAAAAAGUAUCGAUGCUACUUCUCAGGAUUCAGAGGUUGUCUUAGAAUUCUUCAACACUGCCAUAGAACGAAAGUGCGAGGGCAUCAUGGUUAAGAUUUUAGAUGAUUUACCUAGCACUACACUACUUGAGUCCGAGGAAGUCUCGGAAGAGAUUGAGCCCUCUAUCCUCCAAACAUCCCAAAAACAAUCCAGAGGGAAGACGAAAUCUGCUGAAAAAGAACCCGAGAAGAAAACGCGCCGAAAAGCUUUAUUAUCCACGUACGAGCCCGACAAACGACUGGACUCUUGGCUGAAAGUGAAAAAGGAUUACAGUGCUUCAUUUGAUACGUUGGAUUUGAUACCUGUCGCUGCAUGGCAUGGUCAAGGACGUAAGGCGAAAUUCUGGUCACCAAUUCUCCUUGCAGUUCGCAACGAUGAGACUGGCACUCUGGAAGCCGUGUGUAAGUGUAUCUCGGGUUUUAGUGACGCAUUCUACAAGGUCAACAAAGAAUUCUACGCAGAGGGGGGCGAGCAUGUUCUAGGAGGAAAACCAAAUUAUGUCGAUUAUCGAGGUGGGCACCCCGAUGUAUGGUUCGAACCGCAAGAGGUCUGGGAGAUGGCUUAUGCGGAUAUUACAAUUAGUCCGGUGUAUAGAGCCGCCAUCGGUCUUGUGAGCGAUGAAAAGGGAUUAAGUUUGAGGUUCCCUAGAUUCUUGAAAAAAAGAGAAGAUAAGUCUAUAGAAGAAGCAAGUACAAGUGAGUUUCUUGCUGGGUUGUGGAGGAAGCAGGAGCAGAAGGUCGAUGAUGGGAAGGAAAAGUCAGAAGAAAUAUAUCUGGAGGAUGAUGAGGAAUGA